AUCAUUUUUCUCAUUUGUAUAAAGAAACCGUAAUAUUAUAUAUACUACUACCCACUUCGGUCGCCAAUACAGUUCGAUAAGACUAACUUUUGUGUAUACAAAAUGAGGUCGCCAGCUACGGUGAUACCGGUAUUGCUCUUACUGGCUGCUUCUUGGGCGGACAAGCCGCGCCGUCCAAAACCCGGAACAAUCCCGCUGACGCCAGAACAGUUAAAACAGCAGCCGAAAUUCAUCGCCACUCACCGUCAUCGGGCUGUCGGUGCGAUUCCGGAAUGCUUCGAUGCCCGGGAGAAAUGGUCGCAGUGUAAGAGCAUCUCGGAUAUCCGUGAUCAAGGAGGUUGUGGCAGUUGUUGGGCGAUGGCAUCCGCCAGCGUAUUGUCCGACCGGAUUUGUAUUUCCGAAUUAGCGGCCGGUAAAGAACCCAGCCAGACGUACGUGUCGGCGUCGUACGUCGCUAGCUGCAGUUUUGAACGCGCAAAGAAGAACGGCCAAUCAAACUGUAAUAAUGGAGGAUCACCGGCGAAUUUUUUUCGAUGGGCAGCCACCAGCGGCUAUAUAACCGGAGGUAAUUACAACAGCCAUGUUGGAUGUCAACCAUACCCAGUCGCCCCAGACCAGCAUGAGGGAGGCAACUUCACGUGCACAUCGACAUGCACCAAUCCGGAAUACGACAAAAAGACCGUUGUCGAAGACACCGCUUUAAUUGACAGUUACUACGUAAGUCCUCUGGUAGACCCGAUAAGCAGCAUUAGUGGUCAAGAGGCCCGAACCCAAGAAAGGAUUGAUGCCCAGGUUCUCCGCAUACAAACAGACAUUUUAGCCAACGGCCCAGUUGUCGCUUCCAUGAACCCGUACGAAAGUUUGUAUAAAUGGAAGCCGGAAACAGGUCCUUACCGAGGUGAACUUAACCAAAAGGUUAAACCAACAACCACAACCCACUCUGUCCGUAUCGUUGGUUGGUGCAAAGACGAUAAAGGCAUUAAGUACUGGAAAAUCCUUAAUUCCUGGGGUACAAAUUCCGGCGUACCUGGCGAAGGUGAACUUAAGUUUGAGAUGGGGAAGAAUGUAGCCGAAAUCGAAGAAAGUAUUGAGGCACCGAUUGUUUCGCUCCCCAACACGUGUGCACCGAUAUGUCAGUCCCGCCUAACACAGAUUAUCCGCCAAAAUCCAGCCGAUUUGACCUCGCCGAUUUAUGCCUUCUUCGGGAACUGCGUUGUAAAAAUCAGUAUAAACGACGCCGGUCAGAUAUCUCUGGUCAAUGAACCACAACCAAUCGGCAAGGUUUUCGUCGCCGCUCCAGCUGGACCAAUUGUUAAAUGGGAUCCACACAUUUUCAGUCCUCAAAAGGGCGAAUUCUGGAUUAUUAACCCUUCCGGUCAAGCAGGUGUCUGCACGCCAGUGGCCGGCUCCUCCAAGUUCGACUGUCAUGUCGGCUCAACUGACGGCAACGCAACAGCUUCAACCGUGGUGGGCAAGGAUCAUUGGCAAUUCAAGUCAACGCAACUGAACAAUUUCAAGUACAUCUUCACAUAUUCCCCGGAUUUCACUGUGGGGAGUCUGAACAUUGGCAACAAAUUAACCAAUCGGUUCACUAUUGUUGACACCUUCUUAAAUAUCGACGGCAGUACGAUUUUGGUCUGUGGUUUGGAUAAACAAGAAAAACCAGCCUGUUCGACCAUGAACAUCGCCACUAAGGAGGUUACUCCAUCCCAACCUGUGCAAUCGGUUAUUGCAUCCUGUCAACCGCAACCCUAGAGACCUUUGAGCCCUUUCUUAGUUUCUGUUGAACAAGAUAUAAAGAUCAGUAAACGCAUUAAACUGAUUCAGUUG